AUGAAGCUCAUUAUCGCAUCAACCGCUGUCGUUGCUGGCCUCAUGGGUAUGGCCAAUCUAUGCCCGGCCCCUCAAGCUCUCGUUAUACCUAUUGCUUCGGCUGUUCUAGCUGGCGAUGCUGGAGCCAUUACUGGAAAGGUAAUUGAGUCCGGCACAUACAAGAAGCGCGACGGCUUCGUGUCGAGGGUGAGGCGCGACGAUCCAUUUGCAAGCCUUCCUCAGCCCGCCGCCAAUGAAUGCAAGAGUCAACUGAAGGGUGUUACUGUGAAUUUUACACCAACCGGAGAGGGUGCUUACCGAAUCGACAAUAUUCCUUCCGCUUGUAUGACUCUUUCAACGGUGCUGAUUGGAAAAAACCCCAGCGGGGCAGUGCCCACUCCCCUUGGAUCUGCAUCGUUGGAAUACACCGGAAUCACCUCGGAUGAGCUUAACCAGCUUCAGUCAACUCUGGGUAAAUAG